GGAGCCAUGUACAACGGCAUCGGUCUGACCACGCCGCGAGGCAGCGGCACCAACGGCUAUGUGCAGCGCAACCUGUCGAGCGUGCGGGCCAAGCGUCCGCGGGACGAGCGUGGCGGCGAGCGUGACGAGAAGGACCGUGAGAGGCUGGAGAGCCAGCUGAACCGUCAGCCCAACGCAGAGAUCCUGGAGCACCAGAGGAAGAGGCAGCUGGAGGUCAAGUGUGCAGAGCUGCAGGACAUGAUGGAGGAGCAGGGGUAAGAGAGAGAGGGGGAUGGAUGAAAGGAGCAGGUGUAAGAGAGGGGGAUGAGGGAUGGGUAAGAGAGAGGGAGGAAAGAGUAGGGGGUAAGAGCGGGGAUUUGAUUAAGCUGGCCCGGGUUGCACUGGGCUAUGGCCCCUCACGUGACCGGAUGAAGCCGGUGAGGAAGGCGUGCCCUGCUCAAAUCAGUAAUCUGCACCGGUCUGUCAUAUUGUCAACAAUGCAGCAUGUUGCGUUAUUUAGAAACAUACAUCGCUUUUCCAUAAAAUAUAUAUGAAAUACAUUUUCAAACUAGUUUCCAUUAGGAAGGCAGAUUUAAGCAUUUUUUAUCAAAACCAAUCAUUUUCGUAUGUGAACACAGAAUCCUACUCAUUACAGCACAUGCUUAACCAACUUAACUUGGGGCACCCGGCUCCAAAACAAAUGCAAUCACUUUUCACCCGGUGCAAACUCCAGGCAGCCGGGCCAUCUUAAUCGAAUCCUCUCUGAGGGGGAUGGGAUGGGAGGGUGAAAACAUGGGGUGCAGAAGGAGAGAGUUAGGUGUCUUAACUGUUGAUCUAACUAACAGGUACUCAGCUGAGGAGAUUGAAGAGAAGGUGAACAGCUUCCGCAUGAUGCUGCAGGAGAAGCAGGAGCCGCCUUCAGCCCCCACCGAGAGACCAUCGUAAGUACACACCACCACAGAUCACUAUAGAGUAAUGAAACUAGUGAAACCACCCCAGAUCUAGUGAUCACUACAGACUAGUGACAUUUCUACUACAGACCACCACAAACUAAUACAGACCAGCAUGGCUGCACAAACCUUUUACAUCAAAUCAAGCUUAAUUUAUACAGCACAUUUCAGACAUGGAAUGCAACACAAUGUGCUUUACAGGAAAAAACUAAUAAAAACAAUGAAAUAUUUACAAAAAUAAAAACAUGAAAAAAAUAUAUCAAUAAAUAGAAUAUCAAUAAAAACUGAACCACUAAAAAGCACUCUUAAGGAAAAGCAAAGCUAAAAAGGUGUGUUUUAAGAAAACAUGUCCACAGUUUAGGCCCCCCUCAGGUUCUCUGGCAGGCUAUUCCAGAGGCUGGGGGCAUAGUAACUAAAGGAUGCCUCUUGCUCCUAGGCUUUGGGAUAGUUAAAAGGCCAGUGCCAGAUGACCUGAGGGACCUACUGGGUACAUAACUUAAAAGCAUGUCUGACAUGUUGGGGUGCACAAUCGUGGAUUGAUUUAAAAACCAAUAGAAGAAUCUUAAAAUUAAUUCUAAAACUCACAGUCAACCAGUGCAGAGACCUUAAAACCAGUGUAAUGUGUGCUGUCUGGUCUUGGUCAGUACCCGUGCUGCAGCAUUCUAUAUGUUUUGCAGUUGACCAAUCGCUUUCUUGGGUAGACCAGACACGAGCGCAUUACAAUUGUCAAGCCUGCUUGUAAUAAAAGCAUGGAUGAGUCUCUCUGUAUCAGCCUGAGAGAGAAACGGCCGCACCUUGGAAAUGCUCCUCAGGUGGUAAAAAGCUAGUUUGGUCACAUUCCUGAUGUGUGAUUCGAAAUUGAGUUCAUAAUCUUAAAUAACGCCUACGUUUUUUACCUGGUAUUUUAUCUUUAUUGACAAUUAAAAUGUGCAGCCAGAUUCUCGCUCUGUGCUUUGGCUCCAACAAUAUGUACCUCGGUCUUGUCUUGAUUUAGCUGGAGGAAGUUGUGAGCCAUCCAAGUAUUUAAAUCACUAAUACAGUCUAAUAAUUUAUCCGUGGAGCUAAAAUCCUCUGGUGACACAGAAAUGUAAAGUUGUGUAUCGUCUGCGUAGCAGUGAAAAUCAAUGCUGUGGUUUCUGAUAACGCUAUAUCAACUGAACAGUACCGGACCCAAAAUCUAACCUUGUGGAAUGCCACGUAAUAUGUAUUUUCUGAGUUAUGUUCACCAAGGGUGACUAAAAACUCUCGACCGGUUAAAUAUGUCCUAAACCAGAAGGACAUCAUGGUCAACAGUGUCGAAUGCAGCACUUAAAUCCAAGAGUACAAGGACAGAGCUGUUUGGCAUCUGUGUUGGCUCACCAAGAUAAUUUACCACAUUAACUAAGGCUAUCUCUGUGCUGAAAACCAGAUUGAAAUCUUUCAAAAAUACAGUUGAAAACCAAUUUCUCCAGAAUUUUGUUUAAAAAUGGAAGGUUGGAGAUUGGCUGAAAAUUACUAAGAGCUGAAGAAUCUAGAUUACUUUUCUUCAGAAGGGGUUUCACCAUAGUAGCUUUUAGUGCAGUUGGGAAAGUGCCUGUGAACAGGGAGUGAUUAACAAUAGCUUGCACUUCUUCAGAUAUGCAAUUAAAAACUGUUUUGAAGAAGGUGGUGGGUAUAGGAUCGAGAAAACAGGUAGAAGGCUCUGAUACCACUUUCCUGAGCAUGUCUGUGUCAACCAGGGAAAGUAAAUCCAUAGUGCCUUUGCAUGGUAGGCUAGGGCACAUAUCAUCAAACUUCUCAUCAGGUCUUGCUUGACUGAUACCCAGCCUAAUGUUUGUUAUCUCUGAAAUAUGCUGCAAACUCAUUACAUUUUGAUGUGGAGGAAAGUUCACAGGUUUGCGGGGUAUGAUUUAUCAGGCCAUCAGUGGUUGAGAACAGCAGUCUCAAAUUAUUCUGAUUAUUAGUGAUCAACUUAGAAAAAUGAGCCCGUCUGGCAUUUCUAAUUGCCUUGUUAUAUAUGCCAAGUUGCUCUCUCAGAAUAUCAUAAUGGACCUGCAACUUUGACUUUCUCCACUUCCGCUCUGGCUUUUUUUCAAUUUCUCUUUAAUUUAUUAGUUUCCUCACGUCUCUCUCCGUUUGGAUGUGGCCUUUUAGAACUUUACUGGAGCUAUGGCAUCAAUGGUUGCCCUUAAUUUGCUUUUAAAGUUAUCAACUAAAUCAUCACAAGAGGAAGGCAGAAUAGGUGAUGGAGUAUUGUUCAUACACUCAAUAAAAUCUGUAGGAACUUCAGAGAGGUAAGAUAGUAUUUCUUAAUGUCUUCAGUAUUACCCUGUGCUAUGGGCAACAAGGUAGUAAAAAAUACACUGGUGAUCAGAUAAAGCAACAUCAACAAUGGAGGAUAUGUCAAUAGAAGGCUCCUUGGUAAUAAUCAGGUCCAGAGUAUGGCCGUGGUUAUGGGUGGGCCCAGUAAUAUGUUGGAUGAAGUCCAUAGAGCUCAAAAUAUUCAGAAAUUCAAUGGCCUUGGAGUCGGUAUCUGUGUCAACAUGAAUAUUAAAAUCACCCAACACAUUGAUUUUUAUCAUAGUUCUCAAGGACAAUAUAGAACUCGGUAAAGAAAGUGGGGCAAUGCUUUGGUGUCCUAUACAGGGUUAUGGCCAGCACUGGUGGCUGACAUUUCAACCGUAUAGCAUGAUUCUCAAAAGACCCAAAGUCACCAAAUGAAAUGUCCUUACAGCUGAGAGCAUUAUUAAAAAUAGAGGCUGUCCCUCCACCCUUUUUCCCUAUGAAAAGCUGUAGUCCGGGGGGAGGCUUCAAUAAGAGCGGCACUACAGUCUGAAGACAGCCAUGUUUCAGUGAGAAACAUGCAAUCAACUUUGCGCUCAGUAAUUAGGUAAUUCACAAGAGGUUUUACUAGUGAUUGUGCUAACAUUUAAGAGUGCCGUAUUCAAUGAGUGUGGACCACUCUUCCCCUGGGGCAUCUGCCUAGAGGUAACCAAUGGAAUAACAACCAAAUUAUUAACAUUAGAACCGUGUUUUCUGACACUCCAAUCUAUCAGAAUGGUAGGAGAUGACAGUUUGUAUAAACUCACUAGAAGGCAGAGUCAAAAUAACAUAAAUUAGUUUACAAUAACUAAGGUGCCAUUUCUAUAGGAGUUGAUAUGGUUUCCAAGUCCUCUGUUGCUUAUUCUGACAGGGAGAACUGGAGCACUACCAGACCCUACCUGUCAGUCUCUAAAACAGUUUGGAAAUUGGAAACCCUGCGAUUAGGGUGAAUCCCGUCUCUUUUAAAAAGUGCUGGUUGCGCCCACAGCAAAUCAAAGUUGUCACAGAGACAUUUCUGCCGUUGCAAAGUUUUUUCAGUUACUCGUUUAAGGCAGCAUCGGCUGAAACGGUCCAAGCCCCUUCGGUAGCACGGGAGGGGGCCAGAGAUAAUUAUUAUCUUCCCUGUGCUAACGAGGGUCUUUAAAAAAAAAAUGUCUAGUCCUCCCUCAGAUCGCCUAAAACGAAGGUCGUUAAAACCUACGUGAGUGACGGUGUCAAUAUUGGAGUAGUUGGCCAGAACCGUGGGCAGGAGAGCGUUGACGUCAUGGACACUGGCUCCUCGGUAACAGUGGACCUUAGUCGGUCCACAGACCAUAGGCAGGCCAAACUCUCUCACCAUCGAGCUGCCCACAAUGAUUGUGGUAGUGAUGGAAUCCGAUGGGGAAACGACCUGCUGAACUGUGAUUGCUGUGGGGGAGGGCUGUUAGUAUACACCCAGGAUCCGUGCUGACUCCCGGGGCUGCUAGGUCCGUCUCAAGCGAGGCAAAGCUGUUUGAUAGCUGGAUCAGGUCUUUUUGGACAGAUGGGUGGCCAGACUGCCUCCCCGAUCUCAUACGCCUGUGUCCAGUCUCCCAUGGGCUGCGGAGUUGAGCUUAACAUCUGUCCGUUGGAUUGGGACAGAUCAACGCCGCCCGACUCAUCAACAGCUUUGCUAUAGGAGGCAUUUAAAACAGAGAUUUGGUUUGUCUGGGUUACAGCAAGGUUGGUGUACUUACAAAGCAGGUUUUUAUUAUCUCGGAGCCGAGCUAACAGCCGGAGGAUCUCAUCCCUAAUAUGCUUGAUGGUGGUGCAUUUAGGGCAGACAAAUCCCUGUCCGUUUUCCAGUUCCACCUUAUCUUCAUCUUGUGAUUGUGUUGAAAUCCUUUCACACCAGAAGCAUUUGUAGCCGUGGAUGAAAACACUGGUGGGCUAGCACUGCUAAUGUUCGCCUGUUCCAUUUUCAUGAUGGCUAGCAGCUAACUGGAAUCAGUGACACAAACUUGCGGUCCCAGCCGUGAAGGCUGACGCGUCGCGGAAUCAAUAGCAAUACAAACUUCAGCUAUGACUUAAAACAUAUUUAAUUAAAACGAUCUCAUAAAAAUAAGUGUAGGCAGUACACUAUUCUGUUGCGUGCUCUGAUGACGUCUGUUGCGUGAUGACGUGGCUCUUCCCACAGUUGCUGGCUAUUGAACAAGGUGGUGAAACACCACUGUUCCACUCUUUGGGGAGUAACCCAGCGUGACAAUAAUAGAACCUAUUGAACAAUGCCCCCCCCCUCCCUCCCUCCCUCAGGGCGACAGAGACUCACGCCCUGGCUGCAGCCAAUCAGCAGAAGAACGACCGGCUAAGGGCGGCGUUCGGCAUCGCCACGGACUACGUAGACGGCUCCUCCUUCCACCCGGAGCGCAAGGAGCGAGAGAAGGAGAAGAGGGAGCAGGAGAGGCUGGAGAGGGAGAAGCAACAGCAGCAGAAAUACGUGUGAGUCAAGGGGGGAAAAGUGUGUGUGUGUGUGUGGUUCUCCUAGCUAGCCUUACUCAUAGAACUCUGGUUUUCCUUUGUUUAUCCCCUCUGUUACUUACCUUCUCGCUCUUCCUCUCCGUCUCUCUCUCAGGCUGGUAGAAGAGUCAGAGGGCUCGGACUCCCCGGCCCGAAAACAGAGCCGCAAGAAGAAAAGGAAGAAAAACAAGAACAGAGACAGGUGAGAGAAGAGGGAGUCCUAUUUUGUGUGCGUGCGUAAAAAGAAUGCAUAGCUUAUUUGAUUGACAGAUCACUUUACUCUCCUCAGCUCAGAGAGCCCCUCCCCCUCUCCUAGACGGGUGAAGAAAACUAAGAAGAAGAAAAAGAAAAGGUUUCCAUUUGUUUUUCAUUUUGCUGUCAGUUAAUGGACUUCAUGUCCAGCGUAGUGUCAUAACAUUGAUAUUGUUAUUUCAGAACAUCUAACUUGUAGUGGAUCACCUGUGCUAGCGAGGACUCCUUGGGGCUCAGAUACACCAAUAGAGUUUGCUGGCCCAGAGUACUUAGCAACUCUGAACGUAAUUUGCGAACCGAGUGUGCACCGAUUUUACAUGUAGAAUCAUGUGAAAAAUUACAUCUACAGCGGGUGUGAACGAUCGACAGACAAACGCUAAAUUCACGAUCGGUGUGAUUUGUGCGAGCCUUUACCUUUUUUCAGCUUAAUGAACAUAGACUCUGUGUUCUCUGUUCUAGGGACGGGUCAGAAGAAAAGGAUGACAAAGAGAGGUGGGUCCUACAUAACGUGGUUCAUUGUGUGUGUGUGUGAGUGUGUGUGUUUACUGAAAGACUUUGUUUGUUCCCCCUCUCAGCUCCUCAGACGAGAAGCAGGCAUCCAAGAAGAAACGCAAGAGAAGUGAAAAUGAGACUCCGCCCCAGAGUAAGACACGGCGCCACAGGACUGGGUCCUCCAGCUCUGCUCACAGGUACUUCCGGGUCACCAGAGGUCAUGACUCACAAUUUAGACUCGUAACUUACCCUAAAUUCCCAGGUUUUCCACAAAUCCAACCCUACUCGCGUAGUUACUCAAUUCUAGUCAUUCAAUUCAGUAACUUCAAAGUCAAGGCAGAGUUUUAAGUUGCACCCCAUGCUGUUAUUCCAUCUCUCAUGCAAUAUCUCCAUUUGAUCAGCCAAUCCCCUGCCCUGCUGAAAGAGAGGCAGCAGAACCAGCCAGUCAAGAGAGCAGAGGAGGGAAGAAAGGGGCUGUCUCCUGACAGGAGGGGGCGUGGUCGCGAGGAUGGGAGUCCACAGCGUCCGGGAGGCAGAGCGGUAAGACCACCUGUGAUUGGUCCGGUGAUCAGCUCCCUCUACCAUUUCAAAACCUUCUAUCCUGUUUUGUGUCAAUUGGGCAUAAUCAAUAGCCUCCAGCACUCUCGCUCAUUCUCCUUUUCCCUCUCACCUCACUCUCCUUACCUCCUUUUUCCUUCUCUCCCUCUCAGAGAUCUCCCAGGUAUCCCAGCUCCCCUGAACGUCGACCGAGGGCAGACAGGGAACGGGAAAAGGAGCGACUGAAGGACAAAGAGAAAGAAAGAGAGAAGGAGCGUGAGAAAGUGAAGCCUACGAGAAAGAGACACGACUCCUCGUCCCCCUCUCCUCCUCCUCGAACGGAACGAGAGAAAGCCAGGCGCUCCAGAAGUGGAGAGAGGGAGCGAGAGAAGGAGAGAGGAAAGGAGAGAACAAUGCUGCAGAGGAGCAGACACGACUCUUCUUCAUCCCCCUCUCCACCCCCGAAACAACCCGACACCAGGAAACAGAGGAGCGGAAAGAAGGACAAACCAGAAAGACACGACGACUCCUUGUCUCCAUCUCCAGAAAGAGAGGGGGCAAGGAGAGGAAGGAGUGGAGAGGGGGAGCGAGGAAAGGAAAGAAAUGUGUCUCCCCGAGCCCCAGCUGACAGAGAGAGGGGGAGAGGGAAGGAGAAAGAAGGAUCUCCCCCUAGUUGGAAAAGCGAUGGAGGCAAGGGUAGAAACUCAUCCCGUGACUCCACAUCCCCUGUCCCUCAAUCACCUCUCACCAACGGACGGCAGAAAGAAAGGGAGCGCGAGGCAAGGAGGGAGAAAGAGAGGAAACCGGAGGAAAGGGGUAAAGAGAGGCAGAGGGAAUUGAACAAAGAGAGGGAGAAACAAGAGGAGCGGAGGAAGCGGGAGAGCGAAAGGGAAAAGGAGAGGGAGCGAGACCGAGAUGGAGGGAGAGCGCGAGAGAGGUCCGGCAGACUGUCUUCUUCUACUCAACAACAUCCGUCUAUCGGUUUGUCUGAAGACCUCCGCGCGGAGCGAGAGUGUGAGGGGGAGAGGAGGGACAGAGAGAGGGGGGCAGUAGAGAGGGAAAGAAAAAGACAAACGGAGGAGGACAACAGGCGGGAGAACAGAGACCGUAGCCUGCUGGAAAAGGAGCGAGAGAAGGAGUUGGAGAGGGCAAAGGAAAGAGAGAAGGAGAAAGCGAAGGAGAGCAGCAGUAGCAGCGGGAGUGACAGCAACAGCUCUUCCUCAUCUUCCUCAUCCUCCUCCGGCUCAUCAUCAUCCUCCUCUUCUUCCUCAUCCUCCGAUGACGAGGGAGAGAAGAAAAAGGGAGCCGUGGCGAAGAGCGGCCCAGCGAAAAAAGCCCUCCCCUCUCUCAUCUCCCCUCCCGCUGUAGGCGCCGCCUUCCAGAGGUAUCUGGCUAAUGGGAGCAGAGAGAGCGCUUCAGAGAGUGACGGACAGGGAGCUAUAGGGAGAGAGAAGGAAUGCGAGAGAACGGGAGGAGGAGAUGGGGACAGGAUCACGCUCUCUGAAAGGGAAAACCCGCCCCCUGCUCCCCAAAAAGCAGCUGCCUCCCACCGGCCCCCUGCUGCCAAGCACAACCCCCCCACAGACGGAGAGAAGGAGCGAGGGAGGGGACAGGAGAGGUACAGCCCCACGGAGGUAGAGAGCUCCAGCCCUCCACCCUCUCCUCCCAGAAGAGGAGCCCCCCAAGGCGGAGGUGAGAGGUACUCCCCCACUGAAGUGGAAAGAGAGAGAGAGGGAGGGGUGAAGAGCCAGGCCAGGAGGGCAGAGAGGUACAGCCCCUCUGAACAGGAGAGAGAGUGGGAGAGGAGGAGGGCGCCUUCUCCGAAAGCCCCCGCAGCAGUUGUCCCACGGCCCUCCCCCCCUCGCCGCACCCCCCCACGGCAGUACCAGGACCCCCCCACUCGCUCCUCCAGCCCCCGACGACAAGCCGCCACCCGGAGAGCCUCCCCUCUGUCCCGCUCCCCGACUCGCCACUACGCCCCACGGCGGAGCCGCAGCCGGGAGCCAGAGCACAACCGAGAGAGGCAGAGAGCGAGGGAUAGAGGGAGGGAUCGCUCCAGAGACAGAGGAGCCAGGAGGAGCAGGUCGAGGAGCCCCAGAAGACGCAGCCCCCUCUACAGGUAGGAACCCGGACCUAUUCACACCAAAUCAAACGCAACUCAACUAUACACACAUCAAUCAAACAUCACACACAGUGGGACAACUUCCUGUGUACAUGAAUCAAAAAUAACUCAAUUGAAAUCUGCGAAGACCUCAGAAUGCCAAACCAGAUUCUGAAUUGUUUAUUUAAUUGGUGUAUUUUUUCUCGUCCCUCAGGUCCCGGCGAUCCCACUCUCCCAUUCGACAAAGGAGAAGCAGCCACUCGCUAUCCAGAGAAAGGCAGAGAGACCAGGAGAGAGAGAAGAAUAGAGAGCUGGAGAGAGCGAGGGGAAAAGAGCGGGAACGUGAAAAAGAGCAAGAUAGGCGAGAGCGCCAACCUCUUAAAGAGGUCCCCCCGCCCCGUCGCUCUGCCUCGUCCUCUUCCGGUUCUUCUUCCUCAUCCCCCUCUCCGGCCCGAGAGAGGAAGGAGACGACUGCAGAAAAAGGGAUGAAACCAACGGCAGAGAAAGAUGGAAGAAGUGAUAGAGAGGAGCGAGAGAAAGGGGGAGACAGAGGAAGGAAGGCUCGUUCCAUCCCCUCACCGCUCCCCUCCAAGGAGACCAGUCCCCUUCCCAGCCAAUCAGAAAUCAGAGCCCACCCCAAAGAAAUACAGCACUCUGACCCUCCCCGCUCCAGGUCGCCCCAGGCCCUCAGUCAUUCAGAGACCAGAGUCUCUCUACGAGGCACCUCGAGGACCCAAUCACCUGCGGUGCUCCCCUCGCGCGGCGCUGCCCACCCCACAGACCGACCAGUCAGGACUGAGAACUGUGUGAGCGAGAAGGGAGCCAAAGAGAACAAGAAAGGAAAGAUGGGUAGCCCCAGCUCUUCAUCAUCUUCCUCCUCCUCGUCAACUUCCUCCUCGUCUUCAUCAGACAGUUCUGACUCUGAGACAGAGCAGGGAAAAGGGUAAGGAGGAGUGUUAAAUGAUUGACAUGUGUUUUACAUUUGGAUCACCAUAUAUUGAACAUUGCGGAUAGAAAUGCCCUAAAUAGAGCUCUCUUUACAAUGUCCCCCUGCUCUCUCUCUCUCUCUCCCAGAGAUGCCAGGAUAGCGGCUGCCCAUAGCUCUUCCUCCUCCUCCUCAUCCUCUUCUGAAAGCGAGAAGGAAGACAAGAAAAAGAGGUAACCAAAAAGACUAGGACCACCAGAAUUGAUGCUGACAUAAUGUUAACAAUUUGUUACAGAUCUAUUAUUUCCAUUGAUUCGUGACCCAGAACUCCAAUACUGUAAUGCUUCUCGUUAUGAUGUACAUCUAAUUGAAGUAAUGUUAUUACAGAAGUCUGGAAUAUUUCUGUAACAUACAGGAACCAGUUGAUCUUUGACAUUGGACACCUCUGUCAUUGUCUCUUCCAGCCUGGCGCGACCUCACAGAGUGCCAGCUGAUUCGCUGAGAGACUCUCGUUCCCUCAGCUACUCUCCACCCAGACAGAGGCGACCUGCACAUUCCCCACCCACCCGCAGGUCAGUAGCCAACUAG